AUGACCAAGAAGCGUGACAAGAAGCGCGCCCACACCGGAAGCGCCCGCGGUGAAACACCCCCUGUUGGGCCUCAAGCCGCCUCAGCGCCACCGCCAGUUGGUCGUGAACAGUUGAUUCUUAGCAAUGCACCUUUUCAUCCAGCAACUGAUUCCCCUCGCACCAAACAGUCCAAAGACUCGGUCGACAAGCUCAAGCAUCUUUACACAUGGAAUGAACUGCAAAUUUACCACCGCAGGCUUUGCAACCUGGAUAAAAUCCGAUCCGCCUAUAACGCCACUCAAUUCGUAGGUCAUCUCGACCGGCUCUUCGUUGAUGAUUCAUCGACUGAUUCCUCUAACACCAGCCUUGAGCCAACAGAGGUCGAGAUGCACGCUGCGCGCUACAUGACCUACGUUGCCUGGAAAGCAAAGAACCAAAGGGAUCCACAGGACACCACGGUCCUUGCUGGUUCAGCGCUUGCCAUUGCUGUACCUGUGAUCGAGAGCGCCUCGAUGGCACCGCCAAGCGAGAAGCCACUGACCGAACAGGCUCUGUUGAGCGUGCUUUUCGACCUUGGCACAAGCACCGGAUUCAAACAAGCGCCAGACGUCUUACUACCGCAAGUGAAGCAUAUUACGGGUCAAGAGUGUCCUCGGCUGCGCAUUUGGGGUGCGCUCGAUUCGCACACUUACCCUGUCUGGACCUUUUCGAGCUCCGCCCAACCUUGGUGGACAUUCUGUCGUCUAGCUCCGAUUCCGCACCCAACCCUGUCAACGCCAUGA